UCCAAUCGCUCUGGAUGCGCAGCGUCGCCGCCAUCUUGACACUGCACCCCCUUCCUCUUCCGCCUUCCUCCUUCCCGUCAGCCCUCACGCGGGGCGGAAGCGGAAGAUCCAGGCGCCCUCCAAUGAGCGAGCGUUUCGCGACUUCUCCCCGCCCCGGAAGUGUCUACGCGGAAGUGAGCCUUAAAGGGGCCGCGUGGAGUUACGGGGGAACCGGAGUGAUGGCAAAGCCUGGACAUGCCUGGAGCCGUCCUAAAUCGCAGGAGGAAGAGGAGGAAGACCCGGUGGAGGCUAUGGUGACACGGACGGGCUGUGCAGAGCAGCACUGGGCACUGCAGGAGUGCAUGGCAGAGCAGCGGGAUUGGCGACGCUGCCAGGCUCAGGUCCAGGCCUUCCGGCAGUGCAUGGCCCGGCAGCAGCGCCCACACCCUGAGGAGCUGCACCCCAACCCAUCCCAGCACUCCCCCCAUGGAGAUUGAAGCCCCCAGGACUGAACCGCCCAUAGGGACACUGCACCAGGCACCCUGAUACCUCUAACAGUCCCCCAGAGAUGCUGGCUGUGCUAUGGGACACAUUUCCUGUUAUUUUUCUUUUUCUUUUUUUUUUUUUUUUUUUUAAAGCAGAUUGUUAUCUUGAUUCAAUCACCUUAAUUUUAAGCCAGGAAAUUAAAUCUGAUGGCAUUUCUCCUCCUAGCUGAAGAACUCGUGUCCUUCUCAAAGCACAGAGGGGAUUGGUGCACUAUGGCAGUACCAUACAAUAAAGGUUUAAUCAAUGAGGCAGCACCCCAAGGCAUCCCAAAUUGGGGCACUCACAUCAGGAUUUCCACUCUGCCUUUCUCAAAGCUUUCAGCCUCUGGAGGGUGAGCUGCUCCCUUCCGGGAAGGCCCAGGAAUAUUUGGGGUGGGAGAAGAAGGGAGGUGAGGUGCAGCCCCACUUAACCUCGGGGCAAAUAAGCUAUAAAAAUGGACUCAAAUCCUCUCUUGGUUUGGAAGGAAAACUUGAGAUUUCUGCAGGUCAUCUAUAGACCCCAGGUACAGCAGGGAAACGGCUCAUUUCCUGAUGAAAUGUAUUAAAAAAUACAUCUUUUCCUAAUCUCCUCUAAGCAUUGAAAAUAAUUCAAUUAGAGCGUAACUACCCAAAGGAUGGUAUGAUCAGGUGGUCUCAGCCUAAAUUAAAGCAGUGUUGGAAUCACAGAAUCGUUUGAGUUGGAAGGACCUUAAGGAUCACCCAGUUCCAACCUCCCACCCUUAGGCAUUCAGAAAUUCAAGGAGCAGAGCAGAAACUUGGGUGCUGUAACCUCUCCCACUUCAUGUCCUAGUAGAUACAUACAAACAGCACCUCCCCUAUAAA